ACUAGCUGAUACGGACGGUCUUGACCUUCCUCAAUUAUAUUUCAUUUUUUUACCCAGUAAUGACAUAAAAAUUGAGGCAUCAACAAAUUACAGGUUUAUUCAAGUGCUUUUGACAAAUAUUUCACUGAUGUGUUUAGAUAAUAAAGGAAGAAAUUGUUGGGUGAAAUGUCACUGGUAGCCAGUGGGAGAAAAGUGUAUUUUCCUCGGGGUAUUAAUGUGAACUUUGAAGGUGAACUAAAAUAGUUUGAUAGGAUGCUUCAGAAUUAUGGUGUGCAUUGUGUGGCAAGUUUACAAAGGUGCUAAAUGGUUUUCUGAGAAUCCACGCGGAGAGCCCUGACGCAAAUGACCAAAAUAGGCGUUCGACUCUACUCAUUUACUCAGUUGGACUCCAACCCUUGUUGAAUUCACAACGAGCUCAACGGACUGAAAGUGAGACACGAGUAAUCCUGAACGAGGAAAAGAAGUUUAGGGAUAAUCGUGAAGUUAAAAUGUCAAUGAGAAGAAUAGCUGUUUUGGCAGCUGUACAUUCCAGUCAACGAAACGAUUCCAAUGGUGCAAAUUACGGGGGUUAUUACACCCCUGGUUACAAUAUGUCCGGAAAUGCCAGUGGAAAGACGGGAAGGUUCGACACCGAUUUACAUGGGAAUGUUAACGUACUACUCGGAGGGGCGAUGCUGAGUGGAGUAAUCAUAGUGGUAAUCCUGGUUUGCUACUGCUGCCACAAAAACAUGAGGAAGAAUCGACCACAUGAGUACUCCCCUUAUUGGAGAGAGCCGGACGUCCAAAGUCUGGAGGUCUUCACCAUGGAUUCUCACGCAAUGGGGCGUUUUUUGGGUGCUCAGCAGUGCUACGAUCGAAGCGGCAACACGGAAGAGAUUACGACAAUGUCAUUACCCUGUCCAGGAACACCAGGACCACCCCCAACUUACGAGAGUCUUAUAUUCAAUCCACAUAAUAAUGCUGCGUCACUGAGUGAUAAGAAAGAGGAGCCCAUUAGCACUCCUGAUUUUAUACUUCCGGUCUUUGGGAAUCAAGGGGAUUCCCAGGAACAGGAGAAAAAGGGGGAGGACGAGGGGUUGCCCUCUUACGAGGCUGCACUGAAGCUCGAAGCUAAUGGCUAUGUUUAAUUAUUAAAAAUUGUUUGUUGAGGCAAGUUACGUGGUGAAGUAGUGAGACGAGAUAAAUUGAUUUUGCAAAAGAUCUAGCUUCUUCUGAAUAUCCUAAAAUCUAAGAGAGACACAAAUGUUUUUGUGAGUACUUUUUUCGUAGAUCAGAGUGAUAUUCAUUAGAUUCACCCUUAGACUUGAAGAUAUUCAUCAAAAAUUCACAUUGAAGUUGAGUUGACAUAUCUCGUCUUUCCAUUUCAAAACUGAUUCAUCAUUGAGCCUUUUACAGGUCUCUCUUUUUUACGCUUCUAGGUGUAAGUUAUAAAUCAUUACGUUGUACAUAUAUGGAGAGAGUGUUUCAUUACAGAUGUACUAUUGAACGGGCUGUUUUAUUUAUUUAUUUGUUUAAGUUUGAGAUUAAUUAAUUGACAGAGUAUUGUUAGAAGAAAUUUAAUGUUUUGUGUUGGAGAUUUUAGUUAAUUUAUAAUGAAAUUGU